AUGCGGCAAGCGGCAGAGGCAAGCGGCAAGAGGCAAGCGCCAAGCGGCAGAGGCAAGCGGCAAGCGGCAAGAGGCAAGCGGCAAGCGGCAGAGGCAAGCGAGAAGCGCCAGAGGCAAGCGGCAAGAGGCAAGCAGCAAGAGGCAAGAGGCAAGAGGCAAGCGGCAAGAGGCAAGCAGCAAGAGGCAAGAGGCAAGAGGCAAAAGGCAAGGGAAAGCGGCAAGAGGCAUGCGGCAAGCGGCAAGAGGCGAGCGGGAAGCGCCAGAGGCAAGCGGCAAGAGGCAAGCCGCAAGAGGCAAGAGGCAAAAGGCAAGGAAAAGCGGCAAGAGGCAAGCGGAAAGAGGCAAGAGGCAGGCGGAAAGAGGCAAGCGGCAAGCGGCAAGUGGCAAGAGGCAAGCGGCAAGCGGCAAGCGGCAAGCGGCAAGAGGCAAGUGGCAAGAGGCAGGCGGCAGGCGGCAGGCGGCAAGCGGCAAGAGGCAAGAGGCAGGCGGCAAGAGGCAAGAGGCAAGAGGCAAGAGGGUUACAAGCAAGUGUCCAGCAAGGGGGGUCGCAAGCAAGCGGCAGAGGCAAGCGGCAAGAGGCAAGCGGCAGAGGCAAGCGGCAAGAGGCAAGCGGCAAGCGCCAAAGGCAAGCGGGAAGCGCCAGAGGCAAGCGGCAAGAGGCAAGCAGCAAGAGCCAAGAGGCAAAAGGCAAGGAAAAGCGGCAAGAGGCAUGCGGCAAGCGGCAGAGGCAAGCGGCAAGCGGCAAAAGGCAAGCGCCAAACGGCAGAGGCAAGCGGCAGAGGCAAGCGGCAAGAGGCAAGCGGCAAGAGGCGAGCGCCAAGCGCCAGAGGUAAGCGGGAAGCGCCAGAGGCAAGCGGCAAGAGGCAAGCAGCAAUGGGAAAGAGGCAAAAGGCAAGGAAAAGCGGCAAGAGGCAAGCGGAAAGAGGCAAGAGGCAAGAGGCAGGCGGCAAGAGGCAAGCGGCAAGAGGUAAGAGGCAGACGGCAAGAGGCAAGCGGCGAGAGGCAGGCGGCAGGCGGCAAGAGGCAGGCGGCAAGAGGCAAGAGGCAAGAGGCAAGCGGCGAGAGGCAAGUGGCAAGAGGCAGGCGGCAGGCGGCAAGAGGCAGGCGGCAAGAGGCAAGAGGCAAGAGGCAAGAGGCAAGUGGCAAGAGGCAAGAGGCAGGCGGCAGGCGGCAAGAGGCAAGAGGCUAGCGGCAAGCGGCAAGCGGCAAGAGGCAAGCGGAAAGAAGCAAGCGGAAAGAGGCAGGCGGCAAGAGGCAAGAGGCAAGCGGCAAGAGGCAAGCGGCAGAGGCAAGCGGCAAGCGGCAAAAGGCAAGCGCCAAGCGGCAGAGGCAAGCGGCAGAGGCAAGCGGCAGAGGCAAGCGGCAAGAGGCGAGCGCCAAGCGCCAGAGGUAAGCGGGAAGCGCCAGAGGCAAGCGGCAAGAGGCAAGCAGCAAGAGGCAAAAGGCAAGGAAAAGCGGCAAGAGGCAAGAGGCAAGAGGCAGGCGGCAAGCGGCAAGCGGCAAGCGGCAAGCGGCAAGAGGCAAGCGGCAAGAGGCAAGCGGCAGGCGACAGGCGGCAAGAGGCAGGCGGCAAGAGGCAAGAGGCAAGAGGCAAGCGGCAAGAGGCAAGUGGCAAGUGGCAAGAGGCAAGAGGCAAGUGGCAAGAGGCAAGAGGCAAGAGGCAGGCGGCAGGCGGCAAGAGGCAAGAGGCAAGCGGCAAGAGGCAAGAGGCAGAGGCAAGAGGCAAGAGGCAAGAGGCAGGCGGCAGGCGGCAGGCGGCAAGAGGCAAGUGGCAAGAGGCAAGAGGCAAGCGGCAAGCGGCAAGAGGCAAGAGGCAAGUGGCAAGAGGCAAGAGGCAAGAGGCAGGCGGCAGGCGGCAAGUGGCAAGUGGCAAGAGGCAAGAGGCAAGCGGCAAGCGGCAAGAGGCAAGCGGCAAGAGGCAAGCGGGCCCCAAAGUGGAGGAGAUGUCGCUACAGAGAGGCCAGAUGUGUUGAUGCGACCCCUCCGUACAACAGGGUUACAGACUGCAUUCACCACUGA